AUGGAGUUUGGAAACCACACCAGCGUGACAGAGUUUAUCCUUUUGGGGUUAACAGAAGAUCCUACACUUUGUGUCAUCUUCUUUGUGAUAUUUCUAGGCAUUUAUGUCAUCACCUUAAUAGGCAAUAUUAGCAUAAUUAUUUUAAUAAGAAGCUGUUCCCACCUUCAUACUCCCAUGUAUUUCUUUCUCAGUCACUUGGCUUUUGUAGACAUCGGGUUUUCCACAUCCAUCACACCUAUGAUGAUUAUAGGACUUCUGAAACAUAGAUUGGCCCUCCCAGUUGCUGGCUGUGAAGCCCAGCUCUGUUCUGGGGUCACAUUUGGGACAGCUGAGUGCUUCCUCCUGGCUGCCAUGGCCUAUGACUGCUAUGUGGCCAUCUGCUUGCCCCUACUCUAUUCCACCCACAUGUCCUCCAGAGUCUGUGUCAUCUUGGUUGGGUCUUGCUAUCUGGGUGGGUGUGUGAAUGCUUGGACAUUUGCUAGUUGUUUAUUGACUCUGUCUUUCUGUGGACCAAAUCAGGUAGACCACUUUUUCUGUGAUUUCUCCCCUCUGUUGAAACUUUCCUGCUCAGAUGUCUCCAUCAUUGAAAUUAUCCCUUCCAUCUCUUCUGGCUCCAUCAUUGUGGUCACGGUGUCUGUCAUAGCUCUCUCUUACAUCUGCAUCCUCAACACCAUCCUGAAGAUGCGCUCCACUGAAGGGAGACACAAGGCCUUCUCCACCUGCACCUCUCACCUCACCGCAGUCACGCUCUACUAUGGAACCAUUACCUUCAUCUAUGUGAUGCCCAAAUCCAGCUACUCAACUGACCAGAACAAAGUGCUGUCUGUGUUCUACACAGUGUUGAUCCCCAUGUUGAACCUCCUCAUCUACAGUCUGAGGAACAGAGACGUAAAGAAGUCCCUGAGAAAGCAAGUGUCAGAAUAUAUUCUUAGAAUCUAUUCUUAA